GAGGCAGUCGGCCGCACAUCCAGGAGUUGUACGGUGCGUGCGCUUCUCUGCGCUGCUGCUGCUGCUGGUACAACGUGGAGCCAUUAUCGCGACCAAGGACACCCGGGAGACACUCACCUCGCCGAACCGAGCCUCCAGCGCACCCGGCCGACCCGCCGAAUAACCGCGGUUUUGAGUCCUGAUCCCAGUUCAGCUGGUCCAGUCCUCUGAAGCUCAGCUGUCCUCCAGCAGUGGCAUUUGACUCCUUUUUCUUCUUCAUCAUCAUCACCCUCUUCUUCCUCGUGAGCAGACAUGCCUCCAGCCGUGGGUGGGCCUGCGGGGUACACCCCUCCUGAAGGUGGCUGGGGCUGGGCAGUGGUGGUGGGGGCCUUCAUCUCCAUUGGCUUCUCCUAUGCCUUCCCCAAAUCCAUCACCGUGUUCUUCAAAGACAUAGAGGUCAUCUUCGAGGCCACACCCAGUCAGGUGUCCUGGAUCUCGUCCAUCAUGCUGGCCGUCAUGUAUGCCGGAGGUCCAAUCAGCAGUAUCCUUGUGAACAAAUUUGGGAGUCGGCCAAUCAUCAUAGUCGGUGGCUGCCUGGCAGGGACGGGACUGGUCGCGGCCUCCUUUUGCAACACUGUGGAACAGCUCUACUUCUUCAUAGGAGUAGUGGGAGGUUUGGGACUGGCAUUCAACUUGAAUCCAGCCCUCACCAUGAUCGGAAAAUACUUUUACAAGCGUCGGCCCAUUGCUAACGGCAUCGCUAUGGCAGGCAGCCCCGUGUUUCUGUCCACUUUGGCUCCCCUCAACUCCUGGCUCUACGAUGAGUUUGGGUGGAGAGGCAGCUUCCUCAUCCUGGGCGGACUUCUGCUGAACUGCUGCGUGGCCGGGUCCCUCAUGCGUCCCAUCGGACCCAAACCUCAACCUGCAAAGCCCGACUCGGAUGCCAAGGCGGCGGACUCAGGGCAGCCACAGCCUAAGAAAACAGUCCUGCAGACCAUCAACUCCUUCAUUGACCUGACGCUGUUCAAACACCGCGGCUUCCUGUUGUACCUGAUGGGUAACGUUGUGAUGUUCUUCGGCCUGUUUGCUCCGCUUGUCUUCCUCUCUAAUUACGCCAAGAGUAAAGACAUUAGCAAAGAAAAGGCAGCCUUCCUGCUGUCAGUGCUGGCGUUCGUUGACAUGUUUGCCCGGCCCUCCAUGGGCCUGCUGGCUAACACCAGGUGGGUCCGGCCCAGGGUGCAGUACUUCUUUGCGGCUGCCGUCCUUUACAACGGAGUGUGUCAUGUGCUGGCGCCGCUGUCAGUGGACUACACUGGAUUUGUGGUGUACUCCAUCUUCUUUGGGUUUGCAUUUGGCUGGCUGAGCGCGGUGUUGUUUGAGACGCUGAUGGACCUGGUGGGAGCUCAGCGGUUUUCUUCAGCUGUGGGUCUGGUCACUAUAGUGGAGUGUGCACCAGUGCUGUUGGGCCCACCACUAACAGGUGCUUUCUAUAACCGCUACCAACACUAUGACUACACCUACAUAACCUGUGGCAUCAUCCUCAUGAUCGCCAGUGUGUUCCUCUUUGUGGGGAUGGGCAUCAAUUACCGCCUGUUGGCGCGAGAGAGGAAAGAGGAGGAGAGAAGAGAAAGGGAGGAACCCAAGGAGGAGCGCACUGCCAUGUUGGCACCUCCCUCUCCAUCGAAAUCAGACCAGGAGGCAAACGAGAACAACAUGACGCCCGCCGUCACGUUGGAUGACGUCGCCAAGAUGGACGAGGACACGGUGUAGAAAAUAAAAUAACGGACUUGAGAAAGAUGCACACUGCAUUGCACACUUUGCAGAAACACACACGAAAGUUGCAAUUACUCGGUACAACCACACACUGUCUUUAUACAGCGAUAACACCCUUGUACACAACCCUGAAGCCAUGGAAACAAUUAUUUUUGUCAUUAAAAACUGAGACCUGUUGCUGUGACGUGAAGCUUAGCCGACCGUAAAGUUCAUCAAGCGGCGUUUCACUGCGUUGAUACCUCUGGUUUUGGUAUUUGACGUGCCUUUGGUAAACUGAAGUCCUCCAGGAGCACACGCACUGCUUAUGUAAACACCAGAUAGACGCACAACAGACUGAGUGUAAGAUAAAAAUCCAGUAAACUUGUGAGGACUUAACUCUCAGGGUCUUCUUGCAAAUCACUCAGACUCGACCGCUUUAGUCGAACUGAGGCUCAGAGUCAAAGAGUUCAUUUUGUUACAGUACUUAGAGAUACUGUACAUUUUCCCUCUCAUUCUGCACACACACACACUUGCAUUGCUUCACCCCUAAAGGGCUGGACAAAGAUU